CUCAUCGUAAGAUGAGUCAGUACUAGCAAAUACGAAUUUUAUCGUCUUGAAAUAUCCACUCAACUAAAUUCGCAAAGCGUUUUUUUUUCUUUCCCAAAGAUUUUUCAUUGUUUAUUUUCAAUAGGAACUUAUUUUUCUUUUUCUUGAAUAUUUUGUAUCCGAUAAAAAUGUCUUCAACAAGUAUCGACCAUGAUCAACUCCCAGUACAAGUUAAGCGUUGUUUGGGUUCCUCUAAGUAUAUUCAAUUGGCAACAUGCUUUCAAGAUCAGCCCCAUUCAUCUUUAAUGACUUUUACUUAUGUGCCUGCUGGACAAGCCCUACCAUAUGAAGCUGACGACUGUAUAAUUCUCACUACUGGUGAAAACAGCAAAAAGACUUUUAAUAUUAGUUCGAAUCCUCGAGUAUCGUUGCUAGUUCAUGAUUGGACUACGAACAGACAAGAAGCAGACCAAGAUGCUUCUUCUCUUUGCAGUCUACUGUACAAAAUGAAUCAAGCUCAAUGCUCUACCACUUCUGUGAGCUUGAACGGUUUGGCUACCAUUUUGCCUCGUGGUAGCGAAGAAGAAAUGUUCUUCCGUAACAAGCACAUUCAUACCAAUGACCAAGGAAGCACCAAACAAUACGUUGAAAGUGAAGGUUUUCGAGUUGUUAAAGUGAAAUUGCAAAGUGCCCGCAUCAGUGAUCAACGUUUAGACCAUGUUGUCAAGUGGAACGCUAAAGGCGAGGAAACUCCUUUUUAGCCAAUUUUUUUGAUCAAUUAAAAAAAUUGAAAUAGUGUUCUUUUCUAAAAUUGCUUAUUAUUAUUAUUAUCAUUAUCAUUCAACGAUUGGCCUUUAUCCUUUAUUUAUCAAUUUAUACAAGUUUUCGGUAAAAUGUCAAUCAUCUUCCUCCUCUGUAUUGUAAUUCUCUUGGUCAUUAUCUUCCGUGUAGCCAUUCUCUGCCAAAACUCCCUCAUCAUCUUCUUCGUCUUCAAUCAUCAAAUCCAAUGGUGCAAUUCGAAAGUCAACAAAAGUACACAAACCAUCUUGACCUACGAGCAUUAACUGAAUAUUCAGUGUUCCAUUUUCAUCUAUGCGUAAGCUCACUUUAGUACCUGCCUGCAAGGCUUUAAUCGCUUGACGAAUAAGAGCAAAACGGUAGGUAUACGUAUACUCUGAGUUCGUUUCGAAAGAUUCUAAAACAUUCUUUUCAUUUGGAUAUUCCAUCUCCGUUGUAGACAUCCCGCCUACGCAUCGUAGAAGAAAUGUCGACUUUUGGGAAGAAGUUUCAAUCAUAAGCGAUUCACUCAAGUUAUUGUCUAACUCUAAAAGUGCGUCGUAUAACCAACCACUUCUCAUAAUAACUUUUGUAUUCAAGGUAGUAGCUAACCUGCUAACAUCGAUGUUUUCUUCAUAUUCUAAUGUUGAUAAUUCACAUAUCGUAGAAUAUCCUGCCAUUUCUUCAACCCUGCAUAGUAGUGUUAGCACAAAAAAUACAAUGAU